UGGAUAAUUAACUGACGGACUGUUUGCUGGUUUUGGGGUUGCACUGCUGCCUUUUUUUCUUACCUUACUUACCACCCUGAUUAAUAUCCAUCUAUACGCGCUCCAGAUUGGUCGGCGACGAAGACGACGACGACGGUGAUCCUCCUCCAACAACCACGACAUCCCCUCGCUCCCCCAAAGCCAUGCUACGCAAAGCCUUCACGGGAACAUGGCUGCCGGCAUGGGUACCAGCAGAAUCCACAGCGACACUCUCGACCCUACUCAUUCUCUGCUCAGUCGUACAAUCCACGACAGGAGGCUACGAUGGAUCAAUGCUCAACGGCCUGAACAUCUUGCCCAGCUAUACGGAUUAUUUCAAGCUCAAUUCCGCCACGACGGGACUUAAUACCGCUUCAGUUUUUAUUGGAGGCUUUAUUGGUCCGUUGGUCGCGGGAGUUAUUGCGGAUCGUUUGGGUAGACGGCCGGCGAUUUUUUGGGGCUCUCUAGUCACACUCAUAGGAAUCCUCCUCCAAACCGCAGCCCAAAACAUCGCCAUGUUCGUAAUCGCUCGAAUAAUUCUAGGCUUCGGCUCCGCCAUCUCGGGCGUAGCAGCAGCAGUAUAUCUCAACGAAACAUACGCAUCCAAACAUCGCGCAUGGGGCGUAGGGAUUCUCAACGACUUCUACUACGUCGGAGCACUCAUCGCCGCCGGAGUGACUCUGGGCACAGGGACAUGGGAGUCCACGUGGGCAUGGCGAGCACCGUCGCUUUUUCAAGGGAUUUUCUCGGGCUUGUGUAUUUUGAUUUUACCCUUUGUGCCGGAAAGUCCUCGAUGGUUGGUAUAUCAGGGAUAUCCCGAAGAAGCGCGAAUUUGUAUUGCGCAGACGAAUGCGGAUGGAGAUCUUUCGGAUCCGGUGGUGUUGGCCGUGUACAAGGAAAUUAUUGAUACGCUCAAGUUUGAGAAGGAAAGGUCUUUGACUACCAAGCAGAUUGUCAAAGAUCCCGUGUCUCGCAAGAGAUUGCUGGUGGGAAUGUCCGCGGGGCCCUUUUCCUGUAUUGCAGGAAAUAUUAUUGCAUCUUACUACCUGGGAGCCGAACUCGACACCGCGGGAGUCACGGACUCCUUGGAUCAGCUCAAAGCCAACGUCGUUCUCAACGUAUGGUGUCUCGGAUGUGCUCUGCUCGGAACAUUUUUCUGCGCCAGCUGGGGCAGAAAACCUACGGCGCUGCUCAGCUAUGGCUUGCUAGUCAUCUGCCUCUUCAUCAUUGGCGGUUUAGCCAAAAUCUACGCCGACGAUCCCGAUGGGGCUUCCACCAGUUUGGUCUAUGGUAACGUGGCAGUCAUGUUCCUCUUUCAGGGGUUCUACUCUAUUGCCUGGACACCCCUUUUGUACCUCUACCCCACCGAAGUCAUGAACUACGCCAUUCGAGCAAACGGCACAGCUUUCUCCUCGUUUAUGCUCAACGCGCUCGCACUCAUUCUCGUCUUCGUCAUGCCAAUCGGGCUGGAUAAUAUCGGUUGGAGAAUGUACAUGAUCAACGGCUCAUGGGACAUCAUCGUCAUCGCUCUAAUUGCGGUGUACUGGGUGGAAACGAAAGGCAGAACUCUGGAGGAAAUUGAUGCCAUUUUUGAAGGCCAUAAACACUCGGAUGUGCCUGAUGUUGAGCAGAUUCGAACGGGGAAACAGGUUCUCGAUGUGGAAGGGGUUGAGCAGGCGCUUGAGACGGAGGUGAUUAAUAUGAAGCAUGAGUAAGGGUAGCUUAGGUAUCUUUGGGAAAGGCCAAAUUUGCUGCUGGUAGUAAUGAU